GCGCCGCGGCUGGAGGAACUGAUGCGGGCGACUUCCCGCGGGCCCGGGCCGGGCCGGGGGGCGCGGGGUCGGCCGGGCUGACGCUUCCGCUCGGGGCCGCGUGGAAAUUUCCGCGGACUCGGCGCGGCGCGGGGAGCGUGUGGGGCGGGCGCGGAGCUGGCCCGGGCGCCGCGGCGCGGGAGGGAGGCGGGAGCGGCGGCCAAGGGCGCGGGAGCGUCCCUGGACGCGGACGGGGAGAUGCGCGCCCCGGAGCCCAGGCCGGGCUGAGCCGCCGAGCCCGCCCCGGACCCCCUGCCCCACCCCCGGCGCCCGACGCCGACCCCCGCGGCCGCCGCAUCCCCCCGACACUUCUCCGCGGCGAACCCCGGGAAAAAGUUGCUGCAAAGAUUUUCUCACGCGGACCGCCCGAGCCCCGGAGGCCGGGGGAGCGAGCGCGCGAGCCCGGCGAGCGGGGGAAGGUGCGUGUGCAUGGGGGGCCGGCCGUGGGCCCCCCGGGACUGCGCUGAGACUCUGGCCUCGCCUCCCCGCCCGGGACCCCCGGGGUGGCGAUGAGCCCCUGCGGGCGGGCCUGGCGACACCAGUCCAGAGGGGCCAUGGCAGUGCUGGCGUGGAAGUGGCCCCGGACCCGGCUGCCCGUGGGCGCCAGUGCCCUCUGCGUCGUGGUGCUCUGCUGGCUCUACAUCUUCCCGGUCUACCGGCUGCCCGACGAGAAGGAGAUCGUGCGGGGGGUGCUGCAACAGGGCACUGCGUGGCGGAGGAACCAGACGGCCGCCAGAGUCUUCAGGAAACAGAUGGAGGACUGCUGCGACCCCGCCCAUCUCUUUGCUAUGACUAAAGCGAAUUCCCCCAUGGGGAAGAGCUUGUGGUACGAUGGGGAGUUUUUGUACUCAUUCACCAUUGACAAUUCAACCUAUUCUCUCUUCCCGCAGGCAACCCCAUUCCAGCUGCCCUUGAAGAAAUGUGCUGUGGUGGGGAAUGGUGGGAUUCUGAAGAACAGUGGCUGUGGCCGGCAAAUAGAUGAAGCCGAUUUUGUCAUGCGAUGCAAUCUCCCGCCCUUGUCAAGUGAAUACACCAAAGAUGUUGGAUCCAAAAGUCACUUAGUGACGGCUAACCCCAGCAUAAUUCGACAAAGGUUUCAGAACUUACUGUGGUCCAGAAAGACAUUUGUGGACAACAUGAAAAUUUAUAACCACAGUUACAUCUACAUGCCUGCCUUUUCUAUGAAGACGGGAACAGAGCCAUCCCUCCGGGUUUAUUAUACACUGUCUGAUGUUGGUGCCAAUCAAACAGUGCUGUUCGCCAACCCCAACUUUCUGCGUAGCAUUGGAAAAUUCUGGAAGAAUAGGGGAAUCCAUGCCAAGCGCCUGUCCACGGGACUCUUCCUGGUGAGCGCAGCUCUGGGCCUCUGUGAAGAGGUGGCCAUCUACGGCUUCUGGCCCUUCUCUGUGAAUAUGCUCGAGCAGCCCAUCAGCCACCACUACUACGAUAACGUCUUGCCCUUCUCUGGCUUCCACGCCAUGCCCGAGGAAUUUCUCCAACUCUGGUAUCUUCAUAAAAUCGGUGCGCUACGAAUGCAGCUUGGUCCGUGUGGGGAUGCCUCGCUCCAGCCCACUUCCUAGGGAUAAAAUGGAAGAAGAAAGAACUGAGCCAGGAUAUUUUUGUUAGAUUUUCUACAUGAGUCCAAAGGAGACGGUCAAGUUGCUUCAUGGAUUGACAUGGGCCACUUGAAAAAACAAGGUCGAAGAAAAUGGGAAACUCGACUUUUCAUGUUGACUUGGAGAACAAGCAAGAAAUGCAGCAGCCUAAGAACUAUUUUAUAAAACAUUGACUUCGUAGCCAGUGAAAUGCUGAUGAAAUGAUGAUGGUAAAGAAUUUUUACAUGGUUCAGAUCUAGAAGGUGCCACUUGUAAGCAAGAUGGAACUCUGGUUGUUGUAGCUGAGGGACUGAUCAAAGUACGUAAUCACAAGAAAUGCCAGUGCGAGGCAAAAUGUAUUUUGAUCAUCAACACAAACUGGAUUAAAUUUGUUUUUUU